CCUGGUGCCGCUGCGGAAUGGAGAGGAGUGCAAUGAGUUAGGUGUCUCUGCGUGUUUGAGGACGUUAGCUGAAUGGGGUGGGUUUACGCGGAACCUGAUAAUCCCGUCAGCUGUAAUGGGUUUCCAUUGUUUGUCAAGCCCCAGCUUCAAUUAUUUCACAAAGGGAUCAACCUUGGAAAUAUUUAGUGGCAACUUUUCCUGGUCUGUGAGCCAAGAUGGGAAACGGACUAUCUGAUCAUCGCUCUCUGCUCCCCUGCCUCCCCUCCUUUCAGGCUCUUCACAUUGUCAUUCUAGGACUGGACUAUGCUGGCAAGACCACUGUACUGUAUCGGCUGCGUUUCAAUGAGUUUGUGAACACUGUCCCUACCAAAGGAUUUAACACGGAGAAGGUCAAAGUGUCACUUGAAGGCAGCCGGCGGACUGCGUCCUUCCACUUCUGGGAUGUAGGUGGUCAGGAGAAACUGCGGCCUCUGUGGCGCUCAUACACGCGCUGCACUGAUGGCAUUGUGUUUGUGGUGGACUCGGUGGAUGCCGAGCGCAUCGAGGAAGCCAAGGCAGAGUUGCACAAAAUCACGCGGCUGGCAGAAAACCAGGGCGUGCCGGUCCUAGUGGUGGCUAACAAACAAGACCUGCGGAAUUCUCUUAGUUUAGCUGAGAUGGAGAGCAUGUUGGCUCUAGGUGAGCUCAGCACUGCUACAACCUGGCAUCUCCAACCUGCUUGUGCUAUUAUCGGUGAAGGGCUGCAGGAGGGACUGGAGAAGCUGCAUGCCAUGAUCAUGAAGAGAAGAAAGAUGUUGAGGCAGCAGAAGAAAAAGAGAUGACAUGCCGGUAGUGGGAACUACAAAGUGGGAGCUGGAUCUAAAGCUACAUGAGAACUUUUGUGAGCUGCGUGCAGUCUGCUGGUUUAUUGUGUUUGGCUUGAACAAGAAACAGUGAAACCUGUCGGCUGCUCUUUUUGUAGUGUGCCUGGCCUGAGUUUGUUCCUGCUUGAGGUCAGACAGUGGCUGGCUCACACUGAAGGCAGUGGAAUGGAUGUUUGGAUGCAAACAGUCAUUCUAAAGGUAGUACAGCAUUGUGUCACGCAGCAGCAAUCCAUGAUGUUUAGGCCAAACUCUUAAAGAAGGACAGUAAGCUUUUAUUUGUCAUAUUUAUUUGUUGAAAUAUGUCCUGUACUUAUUCAGAAACAAUCAGUCUUUAUAUGUGUAUUCCACCAAAGCUGCAAAGGUUUAUAUGAAGUUUAUAAUGACUCAUUGAGUACAGGAUGGAUAAAUCACUGUACAGAAUCACUCGUCAGUUGAAAUGGAAACAGUUUUUCGAGGGUGUGUCUACCUUCCUGUGCUCACAUAUUGAUGACACAACAAGGCAGGAGUACAGCUACAUUAAUGCCAGAAAUGAUUUUCAGCUACCGUUUAAAAAUACUCGUAACUGGUUUCUUCACUUGGCAGUAAUGUCAAAAGACCAGAAUAUGACUCACCAGUUGUUUUUCUUAGCACGCGGCUGGUAGUUUCAAGUUACCCAUUCAGGGAUUUUGUUGCAUUUAAAAAUUCAAUCAAGUAUACCAAAAAAAAAAAAAAAGGGGGCUUUAUAUAUUGUCUGAAAUUAGCUUAUAUAACAAAAUUUUGCCAAUAACUGACAACCAGCUUCAGUGCUCAAAUGUUAAACGCUAAGAAGUGUAACUAGUACAUUAUCCUAAAUGCCAUUUUUGGAGCUUCAGAGCCCCAGUGUGAAUAAUCUAUAAGUAUUUGGCAACAGAGAAAUGUCAGGCACAGUUGGAGUGAUAUGACAAUCAGUCAGCGUUGUACUUUUUGAUAUGCAAGUCUCAUCUACACUGCUGCUAAGACGUUUGUUUUCAAGUCACUGGGCACACUUGUUGAUAUCUUAAGAUUUCUGGGAUCUUGUCUUAUUUUUUUAGUUUUUCCAGACCACACUGUAUCCACACACUUGACGUUACUGAUCACUUGCACAGUUGUAACGUCUUCGUCCUGUGGUUACUGUCCCAAUGUCAGUGCUGCUAAUAUUAGCUAAAAACUGUGAUGUUAAAUGUUCAUAACUGAGAAUGAUUUUUUUUUGUGGUAAGGCAUUAAUGAUAAUUUUUUUUAAAUAAGAAUAAUGUUUUAAAAAUGUUCCCCAAUACUGAUUUGGUCAUUGAUUACAAUGAGUGGAAGCUUCAAAGCUUUUGAGUGGACUCCUUUAACUUGUAAGCUAAGUUUGUUUUGGGGAUAAAAAUUUGGGCCAGUUUCAGAUAGUACUGAGGCUGAUUACUUAUAUGUUUAUGUUUCUGGACUGCUGAGAGGGAUAUUAAAACUGCUCUUGUUUUGUUAUCCUGUAAAACUAACCAGUGAUCCUACUAGCAAGCUAAAACUAGUCCUAAUAACAUUAGGAUACAUUGUAGCUGUUGCUGACAGUUAUUUGGCUACAAUGCUUGGUGGUUAACUAGCCAUAUCUAUCAAUUUAAUUAAACUGAAGUAUUUAUAGUCAUUUGUGAGCCAGAGAUUUGGUUGGACUCAUUUCUCUCUCACUGUGUGUUAUUCGGUUUUUAGCACAAGUUUUGCACUAUUAACAAUGAAAAGAAUUCAGCAGUUGACCUCAUAGUAUUAACACAGGAGCAUAUUAAAGGAAGUGGUUGCUCCACAAAGCUAAUCACAAGUUUAAAAAAAAAAAAGUUAUGAAGAAGUCUAUUAUAAAACUGGCGAUUUUGACUACUGUCCAGGUUGUCUCCAUAUGGUUGUAGAAGGUGGAAAUUAAAUCACACAUAACUGAAUCACCACCAUGGCUCUCUUUAGCUCUAUUAUGUAAUCUUGUUGAUUGAUUGAUUGAUUGGCUCAGCGAGAACGUUCCACAUCUGCCACAUCAGAGUCUGAUUGCACUUUAGUUCCAUUUCCUGUAAGGAUUCUGAAACUGAAAUAAGUGAAGUAUUGCUUUAAAAUAAUCAUUUUAAAUAUAUAUAAAAUGAUUUAUGUUGCUGUUUCCAGAUUUCACCUUUCCUGCUCUCACUGGUAGAGUAUUCAUACUUAUGUGUUUG